CAGACAUGGCUGACGACGAAGACCCGGUCGUUCACGAGGUUGAUGUUUACCUGUCAAAGAGCUUAUCUGAGAGCCUUUACGUAUUUCAGUAUCCUGUUCGUCCAGCACAUUUGCCUUAUGAUGACAUUGACCUGUUAACCGCAAGGGUCAAACCUAAGCAGCAGAAGGUUGAGCUGGAACUUGGUGUGAACAGCGAAGGGAACAAUUACUGUGUUAGUAAAGGAGAGCAGCUGGCCCUAAAUGUGGAUGGGUCAGAAUAUACUCAUGAACCACAAGGUCGCUUCUUUAAGAGCAAUGUGUAUGACAAGCAGGUCUUGUCUUCAACACCACAGGCAGGCGACACAAGCAAAUAUGCUAUUGGAUUAUUAAAAGAUGGAGAGCUUCACUUGACACCUGUGCAUGGAAUCCUUCAACUCAAACCUACCUUUUCCUACUUGGACAAAGCUGAUGCCAAACACAAGAAUGAUCAGGCAGCUCUUGAUCCCGGUGAGAACUCACAGGACGAGGAGGAAGAGGUAAAGGCCGUGACUGUGAAGUUUGCUCGCCCAGAAUCUGCUGAAGCCAAAGCAAGAAGAAUGGCAUCAUAUGAUUACAUCCAGGGAAAGAGAGCAGAGGAGGCUUGGGUGCAUGUGUCCUACCAUCUGCCCCAUACUGACAGGUCUCAUGCUGAGAGGCUACAGCUCUAUGCCAACAAGACAGAUGAGAUCUCAGAGUUCCAGAUGACACAUCAUGACUAUGUGAGCCUGUUGAUGCCAAAACCCGGAGAAAAGCUAGAAGAGAAGCCUGCCAUGCCCAAUAAUGUGUUGUCCCUGGCCCAGCUACGCACCCUACCUCUCAGUGAUCAAGUCCGUGCACUUCUUAUAAAUGCGAAGACAAUCCGCAUGAGCCAGCUGAUGAGUCUCCUGCCUAACAACACAGAGGUAAUGUCAGCUCUACGCAGCCUCCAGCAGGUGGCCAUGUUGGUCCAGGGAUGCUGGGUAGUCAAGAGUGACAUUUUGUACCCCAAGGAUAGUUGUAGCCCUCACACUGGCAUAUCUGCAGAGGUCAUGUGUAAAGCCAGGGAUUAUGUGAUGUGGAAAUUUACCCAGUACAGAUGUGUGAUGAGAAAGGAAGUGUCCUCAGUGGUCAAGCUUCCUGCUGAGGAUAUGAAGGCCAUACUGGAGCACAUGUCACGGAUGAAGGCCAGUGUGGGAUGGGAGUUCCUCUACCAGUAUGACAAGGAAUUCACUGACAGGUAUCCUGAAAUCGUCCAGCGGCAGAAGAUGCUUUGGGAUGCCAAGUACCAGACUCUGAGUACACAGUUCAAAAUACCCAAAGAUGGAGAAAAGAAAGCUAAAGAUGUUGGAGCUCUUUCUCCAGAAAAACCUAAGCGAAGAAGGCGAACAUCUUCCAAAUCAAGAGGACGUACAUUGAGUGGUCGGUCAGUGUCUGAUCAGAGUGACACAGAUGUGGAGAUGACAGAGAAACUAGGUCAGACAGACUGUAAAGAGAGGGUGGUAGAAGUCAUGGAGGUCACGGAGUGCACUGCUUCAGAGUCACACCCUCAUAUGACUGUCAAUGGGGAGAUCAACAGUGGAGGGGAUAGUCCAACCAAGGGACAUAACUCUGUUGUUUGUGGGUUACCUCCCCCUCAGUUACACAGAGAACUGGUUGAAUUUACACGUGACAAGCUUCAUAGUAAAACUGUUUUAUUAAAGACUGACUUAAAGCGAUUAUUCUCCUUGUUUUUGACCCAGUGUCCUCCUGAGCAUGUCCUAAGGUCAGGGGUGUCGGAUCAGAUGUUAGAGGAAUCCGUCCUGGUGUCGGGUGGGGUGAAACUGGAAUUCCAGGGUAUAGAGCCAUUUUAUAUUCUGAAGACAAAAGGGGAUGACUCAGAUAAGUUAAGAGCCAUUGUGGUAGAAAUGCUGCAGACAUCAAACAGAAUUCGUACAGUGAAGCUCAGACAGAAAGUGGAGGAGACGUUGGGCAGUCCUGUAGGAGAUGCUGCAUGUAAACAGAUGUUAAAGGAAUACUGUGAAACGAAGAAUGGGAACUGGUAUUUGAAAGGCACAACCGAUAUGACUUUAUAACCAUAGUCCCAGGUACAGUGCUGUGUUUACAUGCACUGUACCAUGGAUAAUAUUUAACUUGUAGACAUUAAAAUCUUGACAUCUGUGAUACAUACCUCUAUUGGACUUUGCUAGGCAAUGAAAAAUAAACACACCUUUAUUAUUAUCUAUUCUAGGUGUUUGUUGCAGCUUUGAUAGAGUGGUUUACCUGCUAUCCAGUUUCACAUUCCAUCAUUUCUAAUGUGAGAAUAACAAGCAUAACAGGUCCACAACAAGCAUUCAGAGUUGUGGGGUUCCUACAAAGGCAAGUGGAAGAACUAUCCCAGUCAGUUAUAGGCAAGUGUCCAGGGGCUGCCAAGCACCACCAAACCUUGAGAUGUCCAGAAACAUAUUCUAAAUGCUUUUUGGAGGAAUGAAAGUACAUGUAUAUAUAAUCAGAUCUGAAUAGAGCCUAACACUUGAAAAAUAUUGAAACUGUAUGAAUCUCCAACUGCAUGUGACUUAGUGUCCAUGCUCCCAAACACCCCACACCCCUCAGACUCCUCACACAAUAUACGCUCUGAAGGUAGUCAAGCUUAUCGGUCCAGUCUAAAUCAAAUAAUAAUAGC